AUGAUCAACGGUCUAUGUUUGGAUGGUGGGUUGAAAGAAGCUGUUAAAUUGUUUGACUCCAUGGUGGAUAGAGGCCUUGAGCCAAAUGAAAUCACCUACAAUGUGUUAAUCGAUGGGCAUUGCAGGAACCGUAAGCUGGGUGAAGCUGUGCAGCUAUUCAAGAAACGAAAUGGAUUGAAACCCGCAAUAGUUGAUAUUCUAUUAAGGGAACUAUACCGGGAUGGAAGAAUGAAGACUGCACAGAGGUUUCGUAAUGAGAUGCAAACUUCUGGUCAAUCUCCAGAUGAAGUGACAUACACUACCAUGAUGGACGGUUUCUGCAGGAAUGGAAAAAUAAAGAAUCCAUGGAGGUUACAGGAAUCUCAGAUAGUAAUUACAUGUACAGCUAGCAUUCUUAUUCAUGGUUUGUGUCAAGCUGCCCAGUUGGAAGAUGCGAGAAAGGUUGCCUUCUGUCGUUUGCUUUUGUGCAGGAUACCUUGUAUUUACAGCAUGGAAAGCACUAUCCGAAAGAAAUACAACAAAUAA